AUGCCAUCAAUUAAAUUAAUAUCAUAUUUGAAACGUGAUCGUCUCGUUGCAUCUGAACGUAAAUUUAUUGAUGAUCGUCUUCAAAAAAUAGUUGAACUUAAACGAAAAGUUUGCAUUGAUCCAUUAUCGGUUGAUGUAUUAGCUAAAGAAGAAAUUUUAGCAUUAAGACGUGCUAAACAUCGAAAUAUGGAUCGUUUAACUUUAGCAUGUGCUGGUCAAGCUAUGAAUUCGCUUGAAAAUUUAACAAAAGAAUCUCUUGGAUUUGCUGAAGAUGUUUAUGAACAUGCUUUCGGUGAAGAAAUAUUUACAAUUGUUGAAGCUUGCAAAAAUCCAAAAUCAGUAACAGUUUUACUCAAAGUUUCAACUAAACACAUAUUAAAUCAAGUUAAAGAUGCUCUUCGUAAUGGUCGUCGUUCAAUAAGAAAUGCACUUGAAGAUGGUUUUAUUUCUAAUUUGAAUAUAAAAGGUCGUGCACGUUUAGCUGUUCAAGCGUUUGUUCAAGCAUUAUUAAUUAUUCCAAAGGCUAUUGCUCAAAAUGCUGGUCAUCAUCAACAAGAAACAAUUGUUAAACUUCAAAAUGAAUAUGCAACAUCGAAAAUACUCGUUGGUAUUGAUAUAACAACAGGUGAAGCAAUGGAACCAAAAUCUUUAGCUAUUUUUGAUAAUUAUCGUGUGAAAAAACAAUUGAUUCAUUCAAGUACAUCAAUUGAACCGAAUUUAAUUCUUGUUCAUGAAAUUCUUCGAGCUAGUUUAUGGGUGUGGGUGUGGGUGGGUGUGGGUGUGGGUGUGGGUGUGGGUGGGGGGUGGGCGUGGGGUGUGGAUGUGGAUGUGGGGUGUGGGGUGUGGGCGUCGACUUGUGGCUGAGGGAUGUGAAAUAUGGGAUGUUGAUGUGGGUAUGGCGAUGAAUGCCAAUAAUCAACUGCUGCACGGCGAUACCCACGCCCACACCCACCCUCACCCACACCCAUAUAGUUAUUGAUAAGAAAAACCAAUGAAUAUUUAACAUUUAUUGUUAUUUUCUUUAAUAAAAAUAAAACUAUUCUCGAACUAUAUGAUUACUAAUGAUAUUUUAUAUCUUUUUUUUAUUGCCAUUUCUUCUAUUUUCACUUUAAAUCUUCUUAAAUCUAAUAAUGAGUUACAUAGAAGAGAUAGGGCGAGGUUUAGAUCUUUGUAAAUUUAACGAUAAUUUAGAUAAAAAAAUGAUGGAACUCUACAUGUGAAAUUUACUCCAUACUUUGAAUUGAAAUCCUAACAUUUCCGAUUCCACUACUUUGCAUCGAUCGCUAAUUCAAUCAAGUCCAAUUGUGUCUAACAAUUUCAAUGUUCAAAAACCAGGUUUAAUUUUACCUGCCACAAACAUCGACAGACGACCACCAGACUUAUUAAUAAUACAUAAGACAGAAUAUAAAUUGAAUAUUUACAUCAUCAUAAUAUUGAAUGCAUAGAAACAAAAUUUCACUCACACUCUGAAAUACUAUUAAAAUCGCGAAAUCCAUGUUUGGCCCGUACAAACUAAGCAUAACUAAUUGAUAUGUACACUACAUUUUUUAACUCGAGUUAUCUAUCCAGUAAGACUCUACAAAACCAAUCAAAAUCCAAAGACUUCCAUCAUUCACUUUAAGAAAAUCAAGAUAUUUUGUUGUCACUUUAAGAUAAAAUAUAAUAUGAAGAAAACGAAAUCACAUAUUCAAUUCAAAAGUUUAGUUCUUGAAUAAUUCAUGCUUCAAAAUCAAUGUUCAUUAACUCUUUCCUUGAUUAUUUCGUUUUAUCAAUUCGUACAAACAAGCUUCCAGCUUGUCUCCGAUUCGAUUGUUUUGGAGAUGUAGUGUGGUGAGUGUCUGUGUGAAAAAGUGCAAAUGGAUAUAUGAGAGAGAUAAAGAGAGAAUGAGGGUCACCGUGUUCUGUUGUAAUGCAUCAGCCAGAUGUUGUGCUCCGACAGGUCCGAUUUGAUUGCCAAAGACAUUGAGUGCGGUGAGUGUCUGUGUGAAAAAGUGCAUCUGAGUAUAUGAAAGAGAUGAAGAGAGAAUAAGGGUCACCGUGUUCUGUCGUAAUGCAUCAGCCAGAUGUUGUGCGCCGACAGAUCCGAUUUCAUUCCAGGAGAUAUCGAGUGUGGUGAGUGUCUGUGUGAAAAAGUGCAGAUGGGUCUAUGAGUGAGAUGAAGAGAGAAUGAGAGUCACCGUGUUCUGCCGUAAUGCAUCAGCCAGAUGUUGUGCUCCGACAGAUCCGAUUCCAUUCCCGGAGAGAUCUAGUGUGGUGAGUGUCUGUGUGAAAAAGUGCAGAUGGGUAUAUAAGAGAGAUGAAGGGAGAAUGAGGGUCACCGUGUUCUGUCGUAAUACAUCAGCCAGAUGUUGUGCUCCGACAGGUCCGAUUUCAUUCGCGGAGAGGAAUAGUGUAGUGAGUAUCUGUGUGAAAAAGUGAAGAUUUGUAUAUGAGAGAGACGAAGAGAGAAUGAGGGUCACCGUGUUCUGUUGUAAUGCAUCAGUCAGAUGUUGUGCUCCGACAGAUCCGAUUUUAUUCCAGCAGACAUUGAAUGUGAUGAGUGUCUGUGUUAAAAAGUGCAGAUGGGCAUAUGAAUGAGAUGAAGAGAGAAUGAGGGUCACCGUGUUCUGUCGUAAUGCAUCAGCCAGAUGUUGUGCUCCGACAGGUUCGAGUUCAUUCCCGGAGAGAUCUAGUGUGGUGAGUGUCUGUGUGAAAAAAGUGCAGAUUGGUAUAUGAGAGAGAUGAAGAGAGAAUGAGGGUCACCGUGUUCUGUCGUAAUGCAUCAGCCAGAUGUUGUGCUCCGACAGGUCCGAGUUCGUUCCCGGAGAGAUCUAGUGUGGUGAGUGUCUGUGUGAAAAAGUGCAG